AUCUCCUCCAAACACCGCGUUAGAUUUUUUUACGGUUAUUCUUACUCGAGUUUCCGGCAAUUAUACGUUGGAAACCUCUUGUUCUAUAUAAUAAAUUUUAUUUUAUAGAAAUAAUAUUUUCAUAAAAUAAAUAAAAAUCAUUUAAAAAAUAUCAAUAAUGGCCAACUAUCAUAAACCAGAAUCUAAAACAAUCCAAGAACUCAAGGACAUCGCCAACAAAUUGAGAGUUCAUUCAAUUAAUUCUACCCAAGCUAGCAAGUCUGGGCAUCCAACAUCAUGUUCAUCAAUGGCAGAAGUUAUGUCUGUACUAUUUUUCCAUACGAUGCGUUACAAAGUGUCAGCGCCACGUGAUCCAAACAGCGACAGAUUUAUCUUGAGUAAAGGACAUGCUGCUCCAAUCUUAUAUGCCGCAUGGGCAGAAGCUGGCCUGUUCCCUGUUGAAGAUUUACAAAAUUUACGUAAAAUCGACAGCGAUUUAGAAGGACAUCCAACUCCAAGAUUGAACUUUGUUGAUGUAGGAACUGGAUCCUUGGGUCAAGGUCUUUCAGUUGCUGCUGGUAUGGCUUAUGUUGGAAAAAAUUAUGACAAAGCUAAUUACCGGGUAUACUGUUUAAUUGGUGAUGGAGAAUCAGCAGAAGGUUCUAUUUGGGAAGCAUUACAUUUUGCUUCUUAUUAUAAACUUGAUAAUCUCUGUGCUAUUUUUGAUAUCAAUCGUCUUGGUCAAAGUGAACCUACUUCUUUACAGCACAAUAUGGAAGUAUAUCGUAAGCGUUUAGAAGCAUUUGGAUUUAAUGCUCUAGUUGUUGAUGGUCAUGACGUUGAAGAAUUGGUCAAGGCAUUCCACGAAUCACAAAUAACAAAAGACCGCCCAACGGCAAUUCUCGCAAAAACAUUCAAAGGAAAAAAUUUUCCGGGUAUUGAAGAUUUGGAAAAUUGGCAUGGAAAAGCUCUUGGCAAUAAAGCCGACGAAGUUAUUGCUCAUUUGAAAUCAUUGAUAAAAAAUGCCGGUCCUUUGACUUUACACCCGCAGAAGCCUUUGGUAGACGAUGUUCCAGUGGUAGAUAUUAGCAACAUUAAACUGGACACUCCACCGAGUUACAAAAAAACUGACCAAGUUGCAACCCGUUUGGCCUAUGGAACUGCUUUGGCUAAAAUAGCUAAAAACAACGAUCGUGUUAUUGCACUAGAUGGUGACACGAAAAAUUCAACUUUUGCUGAGAAGAUAAAAACAGUUGAUCCAAAGCGUUUCGUUGAGUGUUUCAUUGCUGAACAGAAUGCUGUUGGUGUUGCUAUUGGAGCUGCUUGUAGAGAUCGUACUGUUGCUUUUGUAUCAGCAUUUGCAACAUUUUUCACACGUACUUUUGAUCAGAUUCGUAUGGGAGCGAUUUCUCAAACAAAUGUUAACUUUGUUGGAUCUCACUGUGGAGUAUCAAUUGGUGAAGAUGGACCAUCACAAAUGGGUCUUGAAGACAUAGCAAUGUUCCGUUCAAUUCCCGGUUCAACAGUUUUUUACCCAAGUGACGCAGUAUCAACGGAACGUGCCGUUGAAUUGGCAGCCAAUACCAAAGGCGUCUGCUUCAUCCGUACAUCGCGUCCCAAUACUGCCAUAAUUUAUGAAAACAACGAAUCAUUAGCUAUUGGCAAAGCCAAAGUGAUUCGCUCAGCUGCCAAAGAUCAAGUGCUCUUAAUUGGUGCUGGUGUAACACUUCACGAAGCACUAAAAGCUGCCGACAAACUUGCUGAAGCCGGCAUCAGCGUACGUGUACUUGACCCAUUCACCGUAAAACCAAUUGAUUCUACAACAAUAAUCACCAAUGCCAAGGAAUGCGGGGGUCGAAUUAUCACCGUCGAGGAUCAUUAUCCCGAGGGUGGGCUAGGCGAAGCCGUUGCAUCAGCGAUAGCUCUUGAACGCAACAUCAUAAUAAAGAAACUCGCUGUCACAAAAGUUCCGCACUCAGGACCACCCGAUGUCCUCCUCGACAAUUACGGUAUCAGCGCCGCUAAAAUAACUGAAGCCGUCAAAGACUUCAUAAAACAUUAAAAAUUUAUUAUUAUUAUUAUUAAUGCGUGGGCUCACACAUUCCGUUUUGUUCCCAUAGCAGUCUUCCACUCACUAAAAUAAAUAAAAUUUAUAAUCUCUUUACCUCAAAACGUACAAAAAUAUAUAUAUUUGUGUUCAAAAUUUUUCUACACUAAAAAUUAAACUUGUACCGUUAUAUUUUAUAAAAAGUUUAAAAAAAAAGUUUUUUUUACAUUUAAUAAAAUUUAAAUAUUUCAUAUCGA